AUGGCUUGGAAUUAUGUCAAAAUUUCAAUGUUCGGGAUAGCCGCAGCAUACUCCAGGGACAAUGAGAUCAUGGCUGCGGUGGCCAUCCUCACCCAGACACCACAAAAGCGCCCUUGGGGAGGUUCGGUGCCAGGCCACAAGACUUACAAGCAUGAUCGAAUUGCAGCAGACCGACAACUGAAUCAGGACUACUUUGUUGAACGUCCUCUUUACAAUGAGGAACAUUUUAGAAGGAGCCCCAUCAUUCCUUUAACAGUUCUAAGUAAUACUGCAAAAAGGCAAGAGUAUGACAAGAAAGGCAUUCUAUAUGUUCAAGAUCAGAAUGUGGUGGGCCCCUUGUCAGGAAAUGGUUAUGAGAUGAAACAUUCAGGCCAUAAAGUUUGCGAUAGAGAUUCAACAUCAGAAUCUGAUCGGUCUCACCAAGAAGCAUCAGCAGUGAGUGAGAGCAGUCCAAAUGAACACACAUCAACUCAAUCAGACAAUGAUGAAGAUCAUGGGAAGGAUACUCAGGACACAAUGAAGCCAGUAUUGUCCUUGGGGAAGGAAGGGUCUGCCUUUUUGGCCCCAAAAUUAGAUUACAGCCCAUCUUUUGCUUAUAUUCCUUAUACUGCUGAUGCUUAUUAUGGUGGGGCCUUGACAGGAUAUGCUCCACAUGCCAUUGUCCAUCCCCAGCAAAACGAUACAACAAACACUCCAGUUAUGUUGCCUGUGGAACCUGCAGAAGAAGAGCCAAUAUAUGUUAAUGCAAAACAAUACCAUGCAAUCCUUAGGAGGAGGCAAACACGUGCUAAAUUGGAGGCCCAGAAUAAGAUGGUGAAAGCUCGGAAGCCAUACCUUCAUGAGUCUCGACAUCGUCAUGCCAUGAAGCGGGCUCGUGGAUCAGGAGGGCGAUUCCUCAACACAAAGCAGCUCCAGGAGCAGAGCCAGCAGUAUCAGGCAUCGAGUGGUUCAGUGUGCUCAAAGAUCAUUGGCAACAGCAUAACCUCCCAAAGUGGCCCCACCUGCACGCCCUCUUCUGACACUGCAGGUGCUUCAACAGCCAGCCAGGACCGCAGCUGCUUGCCCUCGGUUGGCUUCCGCCCCACGACGAACUUCAGUCAGCAAGGUGGAGGAGGCUCGAAGCUGGUCGUGAACGGCAUGCAGCAGUGUGUUUCCACCAUAUAA